AUGAAUCACUCGCUCUUUUGCUUUCCAAAGCUUAAGGGUUUCUUGCUGUCCGCUCAACACAAGCGGUUGGGGUGGUGCAUCUCCAACGUCGAAACGGACUCCCUUUAUUUCAACGACGUGUUCGAUACGAUUCAUGUGGACGAAAUGCUGUUCUAUUUGACAGAGGCUAGGCGUCGCUACUAUUUACUGCCUGGGGAACCUAUCCCACAUCGCCAAGUGCGCUCCAAGCGCUACAUCACAAAGGUGAUGAUGCUGGCUGCGGUGGUGCGUCCCCGUUGGGAUCUCGAUUCAAGGGCCUGCUUUGACGGGAAAUUGGGCAUUAGGCCAUUCAUCGAACGGAAACCUGCUGUUCGUAGCAGCCGCCGGCGACCUGCUGGAACGCUGGUAACGAUGGAAGGGCGCGUUAACCAAGAAACCUACCGAAACAUACUAAUUCAACAACUUCUCCCUGCCAUCCGUGAAAAGUGGCAUUUUAGUGGCCGUGGAGGCUGCGUCAGAGUGCAGCAAGAUAAUGCCCCCGCCCGCAUAGAUACCAGUGACCAACGGUUUGCUACUGCUGUUGCUGAACAAGGACUUAACGUCCAGCUUUGCUUCCAUCCGCCCAACUCGCCCGAUUUCAACUGCUUGGACCUCUCGCUCUUCUCUGCAAUUUAA